AUGAGGAUUAUAACCUUUGCUCUACUAGUUUUAUUAGCUCUUUCUUAUGUAAAGACUAAAGACGACACUGAUAAAUAUAUCAAAUGCCGCACUGAUAAUAAGCCUAAAACCUGUAAAUUUGAUGAUGAAACUUAUGAAGAAUGCAGUGAAGAAUAAGACAAAAUUAAUGAUUGCAUUAGCGAUUGUAAGGAUGAUAAUGAUUCUUUUGCAAAUAGAAUUUCAUGCUUUAAAUCUAAAUGCAAAUCCAAACGUGAAAUCCUCUAAGAUAAGAUUGAUAUUGAGAUUAAAUGUCAUAAAGAAGCUAUGGGUUCUGAACCUAAUACCAAGCCUGAGGUUACACCUUAACCACCAAAGCCUGAUGUUAAACCUGAAAAUAAGCCAGAUACUUAACCUGAAAAUAAGCCUGAAACUAAACCAGAAAAUAAGCCUGUAUCUAAUCCUGAAAAUAAGCCAGAAACUCAACCUGAUAACAAGCCAUAAACUGAGAAUAAACCAAAUGGUAAUUUAAGAGAAGACAAGACUAAUUCUGCUUCUAUCUCAAGCUUGAGCUCUGUAUAUUUAGUCUACUCUCUUGGUUUGAUUGUUUUCGCAAUUCUAUAUUGA